UAAGAAAAUCCGUGUCAUUAUUGACUGGGAGAAGAAAGAAUCAAGUAAAAAUAAUCUUAGGCGUGCGGCAAUUAUUAAGUAAAAUUUGGAAAUAUCGGGUAUUUGCACAAGAAAAAUUACUUGUUAGUUCUCAAGCACAAAGUCUUCCUUGAUAAACACAUAAUAGAUAUUUAAUUUAGUAUAAAUAUAGUUUCCUUUGUUCGGAUUCCGCUUGAGCGGUCUAGAAAAGUCUGUACAAAUUACAUACAUAUAUCGACAAAAAUAAAAUCAACUAAAAUGAAAUUAAUGCUUUCUGCGGUUUUACUAAUCGCUUUGGCCACAGUGCCGCUGCCGGCUUCCGCUUUAUAUUCGCCAAGCGAUGACGUGGUGGAAUUAACGCCCUCCAACUUCGAUCGCCUCGUAACCGGCGACGAUGCUAUUUGGGUUGUUGAAUUCUUUGCACCGUGGUGCGGUCACUGCAAAUCGCUAGUGCCAGAAUACAAGAAAUUGGCUAAAGCUCUAAAGGGCGUUGUUAAAGUUGGUUCAGUCAACGCUGAUGAGCAUCGCACACUUGGCGGUCAAUAUGAUGUUAAGGGUUUCCCAACUAUCAAAAUUUUCGGUGCUAACAAGCGAUCGCCUAUUAGUUAUAGCGGCCAACGCACCGCUAAAGCUAUUGCGGAGGCGGCACUUGCCGAGGCCAAAAAGAAGGUGCAAGAUGUGCUCGGCGGAGGCGGCGGCAGUAGUAGCAGUGGUAGCGGCGCUGAUGCCGUCAUUGAGUUGACUGAUGACAACUUCGACAAACUGGUUUUGGAUUCAGAUGAUGUUUGGUUGGUUGAAUUCUUUGCGCCAUGGUGUGGUCAUUGCAAGAAUUUGGCACCCGAAUGGGCUAAGGCUGCCAAGGAGCUGAAGGGUAAAGUGAAGUUGGGCGCAUUGGAUGCUACCGUGCAUCAGAGCAAGGCUUCAGAAUAUGGUAUUCGCGGUUAUCCCACCAUAAAAUUCUUCCCUGCGGGCAAGAAGAGCAGCAGUGACGCCACAGAGUAUGAUGGUGGUCGCACAGCAUCUGAUAUCGUCAGCUGGGCACUCGAUAAGCACGUCGACAGUGUACCCGCUCCCAAAUUAUCGGAAAUUGUUGAUGAAAAAUCCUUCGAUGAAGCCUGUGAGGGUAAACCACUUUGCGUGGUCUCGGUGCUGCCACAUAUUCUCGACUGUGAUGCUAAGUGCCGCAACAAAUUCCUUGAUACACUCCGUGAAUUGGGCGAAAAGUACAAACAGAAAUUAUGGGGUUGGGCCUGGGCUGAGGGUGGUGCACAAAGCAAACUUGAAGAAUCUUUAGAAAUUGGCGGUUUCGGCUACCCAGCUAUGGCUGUAGUGAAUUUCAAGAAAAUGAAGUUCUCAGUGCUGAAAGGCUCGUUCUCCAAGGAUGGCAUCAAUGAGUUCUUGCGCGAUAUAUCCUAUGGACGUGGACACACUGCACCGGUGCGUGGCGCCAGGAAACCAGCAAUCGAAACUGUGCAGCCAUGGGACGGCAAGGAUGGUCAAUUGCCAGCAGAAGAGGAUAUUGACUUGUCGGAUGUAGAUUUGGAUAACGAGAAGGAUGAGCUUUAAAUCCAUAUAUAAAUGUGGAUAUGCCAAAAUACUUAGAUUUAUCGAUCAAUGAAAAGAAAAUCGGUAUGUGAACGUAACGGAUUGAAUAGAGCGGAACAAACAUGAAACCACCAAAGUCAACAAACUUCAGUUCAAGUUCAAACCUUUUUCUACACUAUCUACUUAUUAUUUGAGUGCGACAGUAUUUUAAAUUGUCGCGCCCAAAGGGAUUCUUAAAAAUAUGCCAUUGCAUUUACCUAUCUACCUACAUACAUACAAGUGUAGAUAUACCUAUGUACAUGUGUAACAAGUGGCUAUAGUACUCACGUGUUGCAACUUAGUAAAUAAUCAGGUUCCACACAAUUUUAAAUUUAGUUCUGUACUAUUUUUAAAUAACCUAAAAGUAGUUUUACGUUAUAUUUAUAUACAUACAUAUAUAUAAAUGCUAAACCGAAUUAAUUGUGAAUUAAUAUUUUUUCUAUUUCAAAUUUGUGUGCUCAAUGUAUGCCCUUGUAAAUGAAUUAAAAGUACCAUCUAAACCUAUUGAA